AUGAAUUCAGAAAAAGAUUAUGCUCCCCUUUCCCUUGCUUGUGUGCGAGCACUUAAUGAAAAAUUGUAUGAUAAACGAAAAGCAGCAGCUUUGGAAAUCGAAAAAAUGGUAAAAGAUUUUGCUGCAAGAAAUGAUACAGUUCAAAUACGCAAAAUUUUAAAAGUUUUAGGAGAUUUUGCUACUUUUUCAAAUGCUAAUGCUAGAAAAGGUGGACUUAUAGGUUUGGCUGCUGUAGCCAUUGCUUUGGGAAAAGACACAGCACAAUAUAUAUCCAGUCUCAUAACUCCUAUUUUAGCAUGUUUUUCGGAUUCGGAUGUCAAAGUUCGUUACUGUGCAUGUGAAUCUUUAUACAAUGUAGUAAAGGUUGCCAGAGGAGCUGUAUUAGACCAUUUUACUGAAAUAUUUAGUGGCUUAAGUAAUUUAGCUACAGACCCUGAUCUUGGAGUUAAAAAUGGCUCAGAAACAUUAGACAGAUUAUUAAAGGAUAUUGUUACAGAAAGUACAACAUUUGAUUUAAUUAGUUUUAUGCCAAUGCUUAGAGAAAGAAUAUCAACAAAAAAUGAUUUUGCUAGACAAUUUAUAAUUUCUUGGGUAUCUGUCCUUGACACUGUACCACAUUUAGAUAUGGUCUCUGUCUUGCCUGACAUUCUUGAUGGUUUAUUUAAAAUUUUAGAAGAUCCCAAGCCUGAAAUAAAAACAAUUUGCAGUACAUUGCUUCUAGAGUUUUUAAGGAGUAUUAAAGAGGAACCUUCAAGAGUUGAUUUUCAGGGAAUGAUUAAUAUUCUUGUUCAACAUGCACAAUCUCAAGAUGAUUUAUUGCAAUUUACUGCCAUCACUUGGAUCAAAGAGUUUGUGCAGCUUUCAAAUAAAGAUAUGCUUCCUUAUACCUCUGGGAUUUUAAUAGCUGUUUUACCCUGUUUGUCUUAUGAGAAUGAUUCUAAAAGAAAUAUUAAAGAAACAGCCAAAAUAGUAAAUUUUAGUUUAAUGAAAUUAUUUACUGAUGAAAAUGAUAAUGAUGCUUUAGAUCUCAGUUCAAUUGUUGAAGUACUCAUGAAAUUUUUAUCACAAACAAAAGUACCCACUAAAGUGGCAGUUUUAAAAUGGAUUUAUCAUCUUCAUUCGAAAACUCCAAAUCAGAUGUUUGAUCAUGUGGAGAAACUUUUUUUGGUGUUGCUAAAAGUUUUAUCAGAUUCUUCGGAUGAAGUCGUUCAACAAGAUUUAGAAGUUUUAGCUGAAAUUGUUUCUUAUCAAACGGAUGGUAAAUCUUCUGACCAAACAUCCGAUUUAAGUAUGAAUCGAUAUUUUCCAGAAUUUAUAAAUAGUUUGUUGAAAUUAUUUAGUACUGACAGAAGAUUAUUAGAAGAACGUGGCUUUUUUAUAAUUAGGCAGCUAUGUACUCUUUUAAAUGCAGAAGUUAUUUACAAAGCAUUUUCUGAAGCUCUUGUAAAAGAAACCAAUUUAAAAUUUAUAAGCACAAUGAUUGACUACCUAAAUACAAUUUUACUCACUUCAUCGGAAUUAUUUGAAUUAAGAAAUAAAUUGAAAGAUCUUGAAACUGAAGAUAGUCGUGCUUUAUUCGAAAGUCUUUAUUAUUGUUGGUGCCAUAAUCCAGUUGCGACAGUAGCUUUAUGUUUGUUAAGUCAAAAUUAUGCUCACGCCUGCGAAUUAAUUCGAAAAUUCGGUAAUUUAGAAGUAACGAUAGAGUUUCUCAAAGAAAUAGACAAAUUAGUUCAGUUAAUAGAAUCUCCCAUAUUUUCAUAUUUAAGAUUAGAGCUUUUAGAAGUUCCUCAUAAUCAACAUUUAGUUCAAGCUUUAUAUGGACUUUUAAUGUUACUCCCACAAACUGAAGCCUUUCAUACGUUACGACAACGUUUAGAUUGCAUUCCCAGUUUGCAUUUAAAUGAUUUCAGCCAUCAAACCGAAAGAAAAAAUAAUAAAAAUAAUGACAGGUUUAAUUAUUCGGUACUCUUGGAACAUUUUCUAUCGAUUCAAGGUCAACAUAGUAGGGAUAAGAUAACUAGUCGAGCAUCGGGUUUAUUGGAAAGAGGCGUAAAACAACAUAAUUUGGAUACAAACAAUUAG